ACAAAAACAAUAUUUUAAAACCCAUACAUUUUUUAUCUGUAGUUAAGUAACUCAGUGAGCGUAAGAGGCAAAAUGCAGCGAGAACUGCGUCUUUCUGUUGCGGACUUGGGAGAAGGGUUUCCACCGAUUGCUAGAUCCACUUCUCUGGCACCAAACAUGUUCCACAAAAACUCCGCCAGUCAGAGGCGGGACAAUAAAGUUGUGAUAAACGUUGGCGGGAUUCGCUAUGAAACUUUCAAGACGACUCUAAAGAACAUUCCGGAUACUAGGUUGUCCUGGUUAACGGAGACAACCGCGCACAAUCCGGAUUACGACCCCGUCGCGGGGGAAUACUUCUUUGACAGACACCCAGGUGUCUUCAAUAUGAUUCUGAACUAUUAUCGGACGGGGAAGUUACACGCCCCUUCUGACGUUUGUGGGCCGUUAUUCGAGGACGAGCUAGCGUUCUGGGGUAUAGACGAGAAACAGAUAGAGCCCUGCUGCUGGAUGAGUUAUAGGACACAUCGAGACGCCCAGGAGACGCUGGCAGAGUUUGACGGCAUGGACUUUGAAAAUGAAAGUGAUGAUGAUGGUGAUAUUGCUAAGAGGUUUGGUAUCGUCGAGGAUGCUGCCCCGGAGAGGGGGACCUGGGAGGUAUGGAAGCCGAAAAUAUGGAAUAUUCUUGAAGAUGCUAGGACGUCCAGGGGUGCUCAGAUAUUUAGCCUGGUGUCCCUCGGAUUUGUCCUCAUGUCCAUUCUCGGCCUCUGCCUCGAAACAGUGCCCGCCUGUCGCCUGGCCCGUCCACAGUUUCCCAACUACACACUGAACGAAAUGAAAGACGACCAAGUCAAAGUGAUGCUCAACAAAACCGACGUACACCCCGCUCUCGAAAUCUUGGAAUGGAUAUGCGGCGCAUUUUUUACUGUGGAAUUCAUCCUCAGAGUGAUAUUUUGUCCGAAUUUUUUGCAAUUCGCAAAAACGUUUCUUAAUUGUGUCGAUCUAAUAUCACUGCUGCCAUUUUACAUCCAGUUUAUCAACGAACAAAUCAUCAAGUCUCAAUUCGACGCCAACGUUAAUUCGGCCUUGCAGACUUUAAAACUGUUCAGAAUCUUUCGCAUUUUCAAACUGACGCGCCACCUCAGUGGUCUGAAAAUCCUCGCUCACACGAUCAAGGCAAGUUUGAAGGAGUUAUUCCUUUUGAUUGUGUUCAUGUUCACCGGUGUCUUGAUAUACGGAACGACAAUCUACUUCAUGGAACAAGUGGAAGAACCACCACAGAAUAAGUUCAAAAACAUCCCGAUCGGAUUUUGGUGGGCGCUAGUGACGAUGACGACAUUAGGAUACGGGGAUAUCUAUCCAAUGACAGGUCUAGGAUACGUUGUUGGUGUGUUCUGCGCAAUCACCGGUGUGCUUGUCAUUGCACUUCCAGUUCCGGUCAUUGUGGGUAAUUUUGCAAUGUAUUACUCCCACGCGCAGGCGCGGAUGAAGCUGCCCAAGAAGCGUAGACGGGUGUUGGUGGGGGCGCCGGACGCACUGAAGAAUCACCUCAACUCUGAAGAAAUGUCAGGUUCGACUGAGAGUUUCCAGCGUGACGAAACGUCGAUUCGCCGGAAGAGCAGCAGUGAGAGUGCACUGGAUAGCUUGGACAGUGGCAUCAAAACGGCAAGUGCUGGUACAACUAGUUCAGGCAUAAGCGUGAUAUUUACAGACGACUUGCUGGAGUUGCCAAGCCAGCCGGAACAUCCCAAGAUGAUAGUGGUCUCCCCUGCUGAAGAACACCACCCUUGUGCCUCUAGUGAGGAGGGGGCCAGGACCAACCGAUUGACGGCCAUACCAAGGAGGCAAAGUCUGAUGCCAAAUGGGACGCUGGGAGGAGGUGGGACCAACAUGAACCGAAGCCAAUCCCUGAAAACGGGAAUAACCCGAUCUCCUCGGCCUGCUGCCACCCGCCGGCGACAAUCCCUGCUACCAAGCGUAGAUGUAACGUAACAGGAACGGAACUUUGCGGAAGGAGAAAAGCAACAUUUUGAAGUACAUGUAUCUCAUUCCUGCCCCAAGCUUCGCCAUCAAAACGACCCAUGCAGUGUCUAUUCUUAGUCAGCAAGGGGAAAUAUCAGUGCCCAGUUUCACGCCAGGUGAACAUUUACGGUGUUAU